AUGUCCAACGCGCCGUGGGGCGUGCGGCUCGCGUGCCGGCUCCUUCAAGAGCGCGCGAAGGGUGCCGACUCGGAGUGGGCACCCUACCUCGCGCUCGUCCCGGAGUCCGUCCCCGGGUCGCCGCUGCUGUACGCGGAGGAGGACGUGAAAGCGCUGCAGUACCCGCCCGCGGUGACGGAGGCGACGGAGAUGCGCGACGCGGUGUCGUCGUGGCACGCGAGACUGUCGAACGAGUGCGCGGACGCGCUCGCGGGCGCGGACCUCGACGCGUUCAAGGCGGCGGUGAGCGUCGUGCACUCGCGGACGUACGGAAUCGCGUCCGGCGAUGGUAGCGGCGAGGGGUACUUCCGCGCGUUGCUUCCUCUCGCGGACCUUCUGAACCACGGCGGCGACGAGUACGACGACUCGUCGGUCGCCGCCGUCGACUCGACGAUCGACGGAACGCCGACCGUCGCCGCCGUCGACUCGACGAUCGACGGAACGCCGACCGUCGCCGCCGCCGUCCCUUCGAAGUGGCCGCCGUCGCGAUGCGUGGACAACAUCGCGUGGAGCGAGCUCGGGGACGACGGGUUCGUGUCGUUCAGCGCCACGCGGGACGUCGUCGCGGGAGAGGAGGCGCUCAUGAGCUACGGCGAGCGCAGCAACGACCACUUCCUCAUGUACUACGGCUUCGUCCCGCCGCGGAAUCCGCACGACGACGUAAUCGUCUUCGCGGACGUCGACCACGCGCUGUCGUGGCACAUGGUCUACCACCCGGAACUGUGGGAGGGCGGCGGCGACGACGAGGCCGCGGUCCGCGAGCGGGCCGCGAGAGCCGCGGUGGCGUCCGUGGAGAAGUCGCUCGGCGACGGCGGCGACGGCGCGUUGGCGCGGUCCGAGCCGCGACUGAAGGUGUUGCCCGGCGGACGAUGCGACGCGCGCUUAAUAUCUCUGUUCGCCGCCGCGUACGCGGGCACGGAGGGCGCGCAGGACGCGGGGUCCGGCGGGCAGCUCGCGCGGGUGGACGUCGACAGCGCGCACGCGGACGUCGCGCGGCGGUGCGAGGAGCUUCUGCGCGCGAUGCCGACGACGAUCGCGGAGGACGACGAUUUGCUAUCGGCGGCGGCGGAAUCGGCGCCGGGGGGCGGGGACGGGGGCGGCGUCGCGGACGCGACGCGGUCCGCGAUCGCGUACCGGCGGCACAAGAAGGUCGUGUUGGAGGACGCGAUCGAGUGCCUCGGGGGGGGAGGGGGGGAGGCGUGA